UCUCCGGGGCUGGGUGUGCAAGCAGGGUGGCUGGGGACCAGCUGGGGUCACUGCAUAGCCAGGUGCCAGCUGUCAUCCCUCAUCCCACACCAUCAUCCCGAGCAGGGUUGUCCCCAUCGCGGGGACAUUGUUCCCCUUUGCCAUCUCCAUCGCUCUGCAGCUCCGCAUCCUGCUCUCCUGUUGCUCAGAGAUGUGGAGGCAGUUGCUAAGAGACACCGAAACGUCAGUAUCUGGCCCUCAAGGAAAAAAAAAAAAAAAAAUAGAGAGAAAGAGAGAGACAAGGGAGGACGAGGAGGAGGAGGGGAGGAAGGAGGUGGGGAAAGACCUGCUCUGAUUACCAGGCUCGGCAGCAGCCUUGGCUGCAGGAGCCGCUCACCCAACUCGACGGACCCCCGUCUCACCGCCCGAGCCCAGUGGCUGCUGAGCUGAGCCCUGCUUGUCUCCAGGCAGCGCAGCUGCAAGCAGCUCGCACCGGCCCUCUGGGGAGGCUCAGUGGGCCCCGAAUGUCUGUGGGAUGCCCUAAGCGUCGCUUUGCUAGCUCAGAGCCUGGGUGCGGUCCCAACUGCUUCCUCCACUACUGCCAGUAGACUUUGUUGGGUGGCCCUUUCCCCCGCCGGGAUGGCCACCACGUUGUGACGGGCAGAGGAUGCCGUUGCGGUGCAGCCAGCAGGCUGUCCCCGCACUGCAGCCUGCUGGCAUGGCACAUUCCAGGCUCUGAGAUGGGCCCAGGGACAGGCCGCCGACCCGCCAUGCUGCUGGGCCCCUGGCUCGUGGCAGUGGUGGCGGUGGUGGCGGCGGGUGCCGGGGCAGGCUGCCCGGUGCUGUGCACGUGCCGUGGGCAGGCGGUGGACUGCAGCGGGCAGCGGCUCUUCUCGGUGCCCGCCGAGCUGCCUUUAGACACUGGCAACCUCAGCCUGGCUCAUAACCGCAUCGCCAGCAUCCCGCUGGGCUACCUGGCCUGCUACGCCCAACUGCGCGUCCUUGACCUGCGCAACAACUCGCUGGCCACUCUGCCUGCCAGGCUGUUCCUGGGUGCCCGCCGCCUCACCCACCUGGACCUCAGCUACAACAACUUCAGCCUGGUGACGGCCGACAUGUUCCUGGAGGCCAGCGAGCUGCUGCGCCUCGACCUCAGCCACAACCCCUGGCUGUGCACAGUGCACCCCAGGGCCUUCCGCGGGCUGGCACAGCUGCGGGAGCUGGACCUCAGCUAUGGGGGGCUGUCAGCCCUCAGCCUGGAUGCGUUGGAGGGGCUGACGGGGUUGGUGACCCUCCGGAUUGGCGGCAACCCCUGGGUAUGUGGCUGCGCAAUGGAGCCCUUCCUCAAGUGGCUGAAGAGCCGCAUCCAGCUCUGCACAUCAGAUUCACAGCUGGCCAAGUGCCAGGCUCCCCCAGAGGUGAAGGAGGUGCCCCUCUUCUCACUGACAGAGGAGAGCUUCAAGGCGUGCCACCUCACCCUGACGCUGGAUGACUAUCUCUUCAUCGCCUUCGUGGGCUUCGUGGUCUCCAUCGCGUCGGUGGCCACCAACUUCCUGCUGGGCAUCACGGCCAACUGCUGUCACCGCUGGAGCAAAGCCAGUGAGGACGAGGAGGUUUAGCCUCUGGAGACCAUGGACAAAACGUGCAUUUCCUCCAGCAGUUCCUGACCCCGCUAUUGGGCGAUAGAGGAGAAAGUGUAAAUGCUAAGCUCCAUGAAUUCAACCAGAUCCAUUUUCUGCCUUUCUGAAGCAAAAGGGCCUACCCUCGCACUUCGCCUUCCUGCAUGGGGUGGGCAGGGGACCGAGGAUGUUGAUUGUCUGCCACUUCUGUCCAACAGCAGCUGGUGCUGGUGCCCAACUCCGGGUGCUGGGUCUCCACACCGCUGCCCCUGUGUCAUGGCCACGUCCUGUCUUGCAGCUUGGGGAGUGCAGAGUGUGGGGGCAGCUGCUGGCCUCCUCCUGUCCUCUCCUUCCCUCAUCUUGUUCCCUUCCAUUCCCUCUUUCCUCCUCUUCCAUCCUCUCUUUUCCUCUCCCGUCUAUCCCUUUCUCUUUCCCCCUUUCCCCUCUCCUCCCCCUUUCCCUGCUCUAUGCCAUGCACUGCCAGACAGGGAAGGAGAAGGGGGAAACGCCGAGUUUGAGUCCCCCGGACUUUGUACAGAGCACAUUUUAUAAACGUGUACUUUUGUAACAGUGAGCACUUUUUCAGAGCUGAACCUCAAUAAUAAAGAGCAUCAGUGCAGCCUGA